AAAAGUCCACUUCCGGUGAGGAGUUGGACGUCCGGCAGCUUGACGGUAGCGUUUAGAAAUCGUUAAAAUGUGAAGAUUCUAGAUGUGAUUUGUGUUAUUUAGGGAUGUCCGGGGUUUAUUAAUAAAUCUCCGCGCUUAUUUUUUGUAGUUCAUGGAGAUGUCUUAGCAUACAAUGCUAUCGAGCUGAUGCUAGCUGUGAACUAGCGGUGCAGUGUCUCGUGCUGUGAUGAAGGACCUAAUGUGAAGGGUUUAUUAGAGUUAUACAAUAAAGUGAAAUUAUAGAUAUAUAUAAACGAUAUAAAUAUCAGUAAUACGCUGUAAUAGACCAGAGGGAAGAACUUAAUAUUUGAUGUUAAUAACAAUAACAAUAACAACAGGUCCUGAGAUCCCAUCAUCAUCAUCAUCAUCGAGAGCCUCUCCACCAUGUCCUCCAGCCCUGGAGAUCUCUCGGGGAAGAAGAAGAAGACGAAGAAGCAUGUACGCUUCGCCAGGAUGCACGAGGAGGAAGAGGACGAUAACCCCGAGCAGGGGGAGGAGGAGGAGGAAGAGGAAGACACGCUCUUCGACAAGAGGAAGGAUGUGAAAGCCGGGCUGAAAAGUGCCCUGAAGCGAGGGAAGAGGCUGGUGCAAUCUGCGGCGGGGGAAAAGGUGGAGAUUAAACGGAGUGACGGAGGAGCGUGCGGACGCUGGAUGAUCACCCUCACCCUCUGCGCUUCGUUCCUGGGCUUGGGAAUGUGUAUCUCCGUGUUGGGGCCGAUGCUGGAGGAUUUGGCCGCUAAUGUGAAUAAGAACAUCAGUAACAUCUCCUACGUCUUCGCAGGCCGAGCGUCCGGUUACAUCGCAGGCUCUCUGCUGGGAGGAGUUCUCUUUGACCUGAUCAACCCUCACCUGCUGCUGGGUUUUGCCAUGUUGAUGACUGCGUUUGGAAUGUUUGCCACUCCGUUUUGUAAGAAAGCUUUGGUUCUAGUCGCUCUUGUCUCCAGCGUGGGCGUGUCGAUGGGAAUCCUGGACACAGGUGGGAACGUGUUAAUUCUGAACACGUGGGGUGAUCAGGCCGGUCCUCACAUGCAGGCGCUCCACUUCUCCUUCGCCCUCGGGGCCUUUGUCUCUCCCAUCAUCGCCAAACUGCUGUUCGGACAUGACUACGGCGUCUCGGAUCGGAGCGCCUCACAAUCCACGCCAUCUAACUUCACCUCGGCGUCUCUGCCCUUCUUCCAGGGAAAGAGCGCCUCCCUGACAUCCAUGUGGGCUUAUGUGGUCAUCGGGGCCUUCAUCCUGUUAGUUUCACUCCUCUUCUUCAUCCUGUAUUCGCGAAGCUCCGCCUCUUCAGUCAAGGCGUCUUCCACAUCGGGGAAGCCCCCGUUCUUCGCCAGGCAUCAUACGGCACUCAUUCUGCUGCUGGCAAUCUUCUUCUUCUUUUACGUGGGAGCCGAGGUGGCGUACGGCUCCUUCAUUUUCACCUACGCUAAAGAGUAUGCCGGGAUGGAGGAGCCGCGGGCCGCCGAGCUCAACUCGCUCUUCUGGGGCUCCUUCGCCGCCUGCAGGGGGGCUGCCAUCCUUUUCGCGGCGUGCGUCUACCCGGGCACCCUGAUCCUCCUGAGUCUGGUGGGUUCCAUUGUUGCCUCGCUGUCGUUGGUGCUGUUUAAUCAGCACCACGUGAUGCUGUGGGUUUGCACGUCUGUUUACGGUGCCUCCAUGGCUGCUACGUUUCCCAGCGGCAUCUCCUGGGUGGAGCAGUACACCACAGUGAGCGGAAAAUCCGCCACAGCGUUCGUGGUCGGUGCGGCGCUCGGGGAAAUGGUACUUCCUGCCUCACUGGGCUUCCUGUUAGGACGCAUCCCGCAUCAGCCGCUGCUGAUGUACCUGGCUCUCGGCACCGCCGCUGUCACCUCCAUCCUUUUCCCGGUGAUGUAUAAGCUAGCCUCGUCAGCAGGGGGCGCCGCGGUACGCAAACAGCGAAUCAGAACACAUGGUGGGGUAGAUGACGGCGAGGAUCGCCAGGCGCUACUCGAUUCCGUCCACGACGACGUCGAGGAAGAGGUGGGGCCCGAGGACAACGAGUCGGAAAUCGACCAGUGGAACGACGCGGACUUCGAAGUGAUCGAGAUGGACGACGCCAGCCUAACAAACUCGCCCAAUAAAACGAGCUCCUCGCUGCCGGAUAUUUCCCUCAGCAGCCAGUUAGCUUCACCCGUUCCUUCCUCUACUCCCGUGGCAGCUUCUCCAAGCUCCGCCUCCAAUUUAAGUGAUUCGCCCAGACGUAAAGUGCUCCUCGAUCGAGAGAAGAAUGACUGAAAUGUGAAAAUCUGCACUAUUUAUAACUACAAAUACAAUUGCCAUGAACCUGACCUGAGAAUCGAACUGACGUGAACACUGCCACCCCCUGCUGGUGGCACUGAGAACUGCGGCGCUGUUUAUUGACUUAUGAUGUUAUAGAGCACAACACUCCUCCCUGGUGGCUCUGUAAUGGAACUGCAGCUGUUCUCUUGCUGAUUUCAGUUAUUUAUUACUCUCAGCUCUCUGACUGACCACAGGAGUGAUGAAGUACUGUGACCGUAGCGUGCAUUUUCAUCAUCGUCUGUCCGCCAAGCCCCUCCCACAGUAGUAUAUCACGGCACCGUGAUGCUCUAAUACACUUAAUACACUACACCUGAAGGAGAGAAGCUCAUAGUGAUGAAACUCACGCUGUAUGAAGUAGUCUGCGUAACACAGACACACAACAUGCUGCCAUUUUUACACAAAGACAACUCAGGAAGUUAGGCGGCAGCAUCGCGAGCUGAUUGGCUGAUUGCACACACUCCACCAAUCAGGAACAAGGCCAGGUGUGGACGGUUUAAAACCUGAUACGCUUUAUAAACUGGAAGGUUUGAGCGAGAAGCAUGAACACACACAAUGUUUUAACACUAACACACACACUCUGCUGUGUUUAUUACAACGUGAAUCAAAAUAUAUGGAUUUAAAUGUACAAGAAAGUGACCAACACAAGAAAUGUGGAAAACCACAGGACCAGCAGCACCCCCCCAGUGACCACACUUACCUGUGUGUGUGUGUGUGUGUGCGCAUGGGUGCAUAUGUGUGUGUUUUUGUGCAUACAUGCAUGUGUGUUUUGUGUUUGUGGCUUUUGUCUGUCUGUGUGUGUGUGUUUUUUGUUUGUACGUGCGUGCGUGUGUGUGUUUGUACGUGUGUGUGUUUGUGAGUGUGUGCGUGUGUCUGAUCUAAAUAUAAAUGUGUGUGAAUUAUUAUUAAUUGUUUGAAAUGAAAAGUCCGACACACACACACACACACACAUCACUUUCUGAAAGCUGUAGGUAAAGAGAGAGUGUGUGUUUAUUAAUGUUCCUGCAGCUGGACUCUCUCUCGUCCACUCUGCUGAAUCUGCUGCUCGGUCCAGACUGAAGUCCUCUCCGUGAGUGUGUUCCAAUGUCUGAUGUUUCAGCCGUCCAGUUUAUUGUGAUUGAUUUGAAACAGAUGACCGCAGGGUGUGGAGCAUCACUGCCCUCUGUGAACACUCUGUUACCUGGGAGAUCUCACUGUGUUCAUUUACUCUGAUCACACUGUCUGAAUGUGAAGAUUACACUACAAGAGUUUUAAUACAGAGUCUACGUCCAAUCGGCUGUCUGUGUGUUGAAACCCAGCCCUGUGAUUGGUCAAAAUCCUCUUCCUCCUCUCCUUUCUCUUCCUCCUCCUGCGUUUCCUCUUCUUUCUCCUCCUCAUCUUCUCCUCUUCCCUCCCUCUUCCUCCUCUCCUUCUUCUUCCUUCUUUCCUCCUCAUUAUCUUCUUCCUCCUCCACUUCCUGCUUUUCCUGCUCUUCCUCCUCCUCUACCUCUUCUUCUUCCUCCUCCUCUUUCUGUUCAUCUUCCUCUCCCUCUUCCUUUUUUCUCUCCUUCCUCCCUCCUCUUCCUCCUGACCCUGAACAUGUUCUCGUGCUCUUUUCCUCGUGUCUAAUCAUGCACCACGUCUGGUUUUAGCGUUGAUGUCAUGUCUUGAUUAUUUAUAAAUGAAUUGAAUCCUGCUGUAUCGCUGUCACAAACUAAACCAAAUAAAAACCCGGAAAUAAAUAAAACACCUUUUUUAUCUUUAACGAAAAAUAUUUUAGCGCAGAAACACUUCUGUUUUCUUCAAACGUCUUAAGAUUCACUCUGUACGUAAAGGAGGUGAAGAUAAACACAGGAUUGUGAUCAGUUGUGUUCUGUGAGGUGAUGGAGCUGUACAGUGAACGACAUCAGUCCAAUCCAGUCCAAUAGAAUGUAGUGGUCAGUGUGUGACAGGAGGAAACUAAUCUCUUCACCUCCAUAAUGUACAGCGUGAAUUUGGGGAGAAUCAGAGGAGGUCAGAUUUUUCACCCAAAAAAAACAAAAACAAAGACUGACCCCAUAUUUUUGGGGUGGAAAAUCUGACCUUCUGCAAUUUUCCCCCAAAUUCACGAAGAUUGAUGAGGAGUAAACUAAGACGGGCAUGUGAUUAGUUUCCUCCGGUCACACUCCAGAGCUGAGAUCUGACCACUACAUUCUAUUGGACUGUAUUGAACUCAUAUUAUACUGUACUGUAUCUCAGCUCUGGAGUGAGACAGGAGGAAACUAAUCACACUCCUGACCUCCUUUACAUACAGCAUGGAUUUGGGGAAAACUAACCCAAGGGUGUGAUUAGUUUCCUCCUGUCUCUCUCCAGAGCUGAGUCAGUGUCCUGAUAAGAGUGUUAGUAAGUUAGAACAUGAAGAGAAGUUA